AUGCAGCUGGGUUUUCACAAACUCCUCCAUGACAUAUAUUCAAUUCCAGGCAAAGACAGAAAUGUGCAUGAUAUUUCCUGUUAUUCCCUGUCCGGUGUAAUCAUUCUUCCUCCCCCCGGUACUUCCUGUUCGAUAGGAACUAAGCUCGUGAUUAAUAUUUCCGGGGGACACGUUUCUGGAGCGCACCCGGCCGCGGUGUACGGAGUCUGUGGUGCAGGGUGUACGGAAGAAGAGGAUGGCUCUGGCCUGUUGGGGGCCGCUGAUGAGGAGUGUGUUGGCCGGGGGCUGUGGCCGGGCUAUUACUGCAGGUACCGGGCUGGUGUGGCACGGCUGAGGCGGGCCUCAUUGCUUCGGCCGGCUCUCCGAUGUAUGAGCUCACAGAGGUCGUCUCUGCAGCUUAGCCAUGUCGCAAAGACUUCUUUAUCCGAACCACCUUGGCCUGAGAUCCAACUUCCAGAUCCUAUUAAAGAAACAGAGGAACACAAAGAGCUUGUUAAAAAAGUAAACAACCUUAUUGCCACGGGACAGUACGGCCGGCUCUUUGCUGUCGUCCACUUUGCAAGUAAACAAUGGAAAGUCACCAACGAAGACCUUGUUUUAAUUAGCGGCAUUGUAGACGCGGAGUGCGGAGAUAGAAUCAGGCUAGAAAAGGUUUUGCUAGUUGGCGGUGAUAAUUUUACGUUACUAGGAAAGCCUCUUCUUGGGAAAGACUUGGUACGAGUUGAGGCCACAGUGAUUGAGAAAACUGAGUCCUACCCAAAGAUUAAUAUGAAAUUCUGGAAAAGACACAGAUAUCAGAAGAAGAAAAUAACCAUUGCACCACAGACAAUCCUGAGGAUCAACACCAUUGACAUUGCUCCUGCUUUAUCUUGAUUUUACAUAUUUUUCUACUAUAACUUCACUUAUUAAACAAAACUAUGAAGAAUACA